AUGCGCCAGUUUUUACGUCCUGUUGCCUCGCUGGCGAAAUCCACAAUCACGCCGGUUGCUCGCCGUCGUGCCCACUCCACAGCAUUCGACUGGGAGGAUCCCCUCCUACUCAGAGAGCAAUUGAGUGAAGACGAAAUUGCUCUUGCUGAGAGCGCGCGCUCCUACUGCCAAGAACAGUUAUUACCCAGAGUACUCCAGGCAUACAGAGAUGAGCAUUAUGACAAGGAGAUCCUGAAGGAAAUGGGGGAGCUAGGGUUGUUGGGUGCUACAAUUCAGGGUUAUGGAUGUGCCGGCGUAAGCAAUGUUGCUUCUGGGUUGAUCACCCGCGAAGUUGAGAGAGUCGAUAGCGGAUACCGCAGUGGAAUGAGUGUCCAGAGUUCCCUCGUCAUGGGUGGUAUUGAAGAGUUUGGCACCGAGGAACAGAAACAGCGCUUUCUUCCGGGAAUGGCAAAAGGAAAGGUCAUUGGUUGUUUCGGCCUCACAGAACCAAAUCACGGAUCUGACCCUGGAUCGAUGGAAACCGUUGCACGCCGUCACCCCACAAAGAAGGGAGUUUACCUCCUAUCGGGUUCAAAGACCUGGAUCACUAACUCCCCAAUCUCUGAUGUGCUCAUGGUUUGGGCUAAACUCGAUGGGAAGAUUCGAGGUUUUCUAGUCGAAAGGGCGACUGCCGCUCCUGGCACGAUUUCUACUCCUGCCAUCAAAAACAAGAAUGGUCUCCGUGCUUCUAUCACUGGCAUGAUCAUGCUCGAUGGUGUAGAGGUUCCCGAGGAAAACAUGUUCCCUGACAUUGAAGGUCUUAGGGGACCAUUCAGCUGUUUGAACAAUGCUAGGUAUGGAAUUGCAUGGGGAACAAUAGGCGCACUGGAAGACUGCCUUAUGAGAGCAAGAACCUAUGCUCUUGAAAGAAAGCAGUUUAAGGGCAACCCUCUAGCAAAGUAUCAGCUUGUUCAAAAGAAGUUGGCAAAUGCAUCAACCGAUGCUGCAUUUGGAUUGGCAGCUGCUUUACAGGUCGGAAGAUUGAAAGAUAGAGGUCUAGUUGCACCGGAAAUGAUUUCGAUGAUAAAAAGACAAAACUGUGACAGAGCUUUAGUCAACGCUAGAGACUUGCAAGAAAUAUUUGGCGGGAAUGCUGUGUCUGACGAAUAUGGAAUCGGCAGGCAUGUCGCUAACCUGUUUGUCACGCAAACCUAUGAGGGUCAGAGUGAUAUCCAUUGUUUGAUUCUCGGUAGAGCAAUUACUGGAGUUCAAGCAUUCUGUUAG